AUGUCGGUCCUUUCAUUUUUGCACUCACAGCUAUUCGUGACCCCGCCCGUCCCAACUUACGACUUUGGGGGCCAAACUGUAAUAAUUACCGGAGCUAAUAGAGGCAUCGGCUUAGAGGCCGCUCGGCAUUUGUUACGACUGAAUGCCAAACCUGUCAUCCUCGCUGUUCGCUCAGUGGAAAAAGGUCAAGAUGCUGCAGAGGAGCUUGAAAAGUCAACCGGUCGAUCUGGAGCUGUUCAGGUAGAGGAGUUGGAUAUGGCGUCCUAUGAAUCCGUCAAGGCUUUUGCAUCGCGAAUGGGAAGUAUUGAUCGCCUUGACGCAGUGCUGCUAAACGCUGGGAUGUACACUCAUAGUUUCUAUCUGGCUGAUGGCUAUGAAAGCCAUCUAACAGUCAACGUGAUCAAUACGUUUUUCCUUGCUUUGCUUUUGCUGCCAAUCCUGAGGUUGUCGACCGAGAAACACAAGAUUCAACCGCGAAUCAGCUUCGUGUCGUCAGAUCGGCAUGUUAUGUUUAGCUUACCAGAGUGGAAGGAAGAAAAGCCAUUCGAGCUGUUGAGCGACGAGAAACGAGCAAAGAUGCAAGAACGAUACAUGAUCUCGAAAUUGAUGGUGAUUCUCCUGGUCAGAGAAAUGACCGCUCAUGUCAAAGCUUCCGAUAUCAUCAUCAACACUUUCACUCCUGGCUACUGCGAAUCUGGCCUGAUUGAUAAUAUUAAAGGAGUCUCGCGGGUCGUGCUGGAUCUUGCCAAGAAAGCCACUGCUCGUACGACAGAGGUUGGGGGCCGCACACUUGUGGCAGCCAUUGUUCCGUGGCCAGAGAGCCAUGGAAAAUAUCUCAAUGACUCACUUAUCGAUGACUCGGCCUUGUCUUCUUUUGUUCGGAGCGAAGAGGGUACACAGGCACAGCAGAAACUAUGGAAGGAUUUGAUAGAAAUUUUGGAGCAGAGGGAGCCUUCGAUCACGUCAUUGAUCAACGCUUGA